AUGGACCCAAACCUGGGAUUUCCUUGCACGGCUGAUGGGGAGAUUAAUGGCGCCUUUGUGACGCGACCGACAUAUCCCCAGGAUGAUCUAGCGGAAUCUCGGCCCAGAGUCGCCAAAGCUUGUGAGACAUGUCGGAGAAGGAAGCGCAAGUGCGAUGGAAGCUCCCCGUGCUCGCCAUGUUUUAAGAACAACAUUGACUGCGUCUACGUCCUCGAAAGACCCAAGAGGAAGCAGAAAGACUCCGAGCUUGUAGCCAACCUUGAAGAUCAGGUCCUUUCCCUCAAAGACUACGUACGGAAGCUUGAGGCUGCAUGCGGAUAUACAAAUCUCCCGAAUUUCGCACCAAGCACCCUCGAUGAAGACUUUGGUACUUCGACGGUCCCAGAUGACAGCCAAAGCUCUGCCAUCAAUGAUGUGAGCUCAAUGAUGUGGCGGAUGAACCUUCACGGCAGUGGAGAGACAUCCUUUGUUGGUCCAUCCGGCAGCUUCUGUUUCCCCGUCAGUGGCCAUGGCAUCGAGACUCAGUCCACCACUACUGAAGCAGAAGAGAGCGUUCAAGUGUUACUCGACCUGUUCCGACAGCACAUCAAUUCCGUCCACCAUUUUGUGUCUCCUCAAGUGAUUGAGACGCUCAAAGCGCCAGAGAGUCUUGACGGCGAGCUGUUGCAAGCGUCAGUCCUGGCAGCAGCGAGUCUUUUCGCCGAUUCACAUGGCCAAGUGUAUGCGGACCGAGCUGAGGCUAUUGUGAUGACGUGUUGCCGUACAAUCCCCAACGUCCUGACAAUACAGGCUCUAGCGAUAUUGACUUGGCGCGAGUUGGCACUGGAGAACGAGAACAAUGCCUGGCUGUAUAAUUCUAUGGCGGCGAGUCUUAUCGUUCACCUCGGGCUGCACGUGAGCUCUUUCGAGAAUGUCAUGCAGAUACCGGUCGGGCCGCCUUCAGACAUCGACAAGAGCGUACGUGUACAGACGUUUUGGUCGGUCUUUUUGAUGGACAGAAUCUCCACGUCGAUGCUUGGACGCAAUUGCAUGAUUCCCUGGCGGAGAGCCCGAGCGACACCAUACCUCAAAGCAUGCAGCAACCCCACGACAGAGGACACCGUCUUUGAUGCUCACUGCCAGAUGUGGUUCAUUCACGACCGAUACAUGGAUAGAAUAUACUCCUUCGAGUUUGGAGAGCUUGAGCAUUUCGAACGACAUCAACUUCUCUCGGAAGCCAGAGAUCACCAUAUGAACUUCUUCCGCCAGAUGGGCCGCGAUCUUGAACUUCGAAAGAACAACAUGAACCCCCAAGUCAUCCUCCUUCACAUGGUCUACAACAUGUCGUUGCUGCUCAUCCAUCGACCAUAUCUCAGAGAACCAAAAGACAGUCCCGCCCACCAAUUAUCCAUCCGAACAAACAUGACCUCCGCUCACGCCCUCGUCAGAUUGAUCCGCCAAUACGACAAAGAAGCCAAGAUCGAGAACGCCCCGUUCUUUGCGAUACACUGUGUCCUCACAGCCGCUGUGAGCCUGCUGCUGAACGCGACAUCCACCAACUCGACCAUUCGCAGCCAACUCUGGUACACCGUUUCCGAGUCUGCGUCGACGCAUUGGACAAGUAUGGGAAGAUGGACAAGGGCGAGACGAGGUCUGUUGCUUCUCAGAGAGCUGGCCAACAGAUGGAAGGUUGUUUCGGCGUUGCCCAUGAGGCACAGUGUUCCUCUCGUCGCACCGACACAGGAGACUCCCCAGACCGACAACAGUGAUCUAGAUUGGGGGAUGUUGUUUGCCAAUCUCGAAGAGCCUCUCAAUUUGGAUACUAUUGAUCUAUCAACGCCCACCGGAGAAUGGGUAUUUCACGAAAGCGACUAG